AUGAAUCUUUACGACGAUGAGUCUAUGAAGCAGGAGGUAAUCUACCUUCACUCGCUCUGGCACCAAGGUCCUCCGACCCGGAAUCCAAUCCCCAGCCAUAAUUUCAACCCGUUUCUCGACCGGGUUCAGAGAUCCAGGCCGAAUUACAUCCCGCCGGCGGAUUUGCAGCUUCUCUCUCGCUACGGAGCCGCUGGUCCGCAGAUCAUACCUAGAAACCCUAUUCUUCCUCAAAAUCUCCACAGUAAUAAGCGCCCGAGGCCUGACUCGGAUCGUGAAUGGCCCGUGAAGGAGCUGCUACGUUCUUCUCCUAUGGGAUCUGGAUGGCCUGAAUCCAAGCCGUGUAAGAAGGCCCGAACUAUUUCGGAGGAGGAGAAAGCGAAAAUCGCUGUAAACCAGCUUCAGAGAGAUAUCCAUCGAACCUGUCGCGAGUUCUUCGGCAAAACAUCCGGCGACGAGGACAGCUCCGUCGCGGGAGGAGAUGAAUCGGAUACUGAUGACGGAGACGAGGAUCAGUCUUCGGGGAAAGAAGGAUCCUUUUCUUCCAAGGAGUUUCAGUUUUUGUCGCGAUUGUUCGAAGAGAACGAGAAGCUGAAGGAGUACUAUGAGAAGAACACGGCGAAUGGAGAAUUCUGGUGUCUGGUUUGCGGCGGAACUGGAGAGAAGAGUUGUCGGAAAUUCAAGAGCUGUUUGGCUUUGGUUCAGCAUUCACUUUCCAUCAGCAAAACGGAUUUGAAAAAUCAGCAUAGAGCUCUCGCACAAGUUCUCUGCAAUGUUCUUGGCUGGGACGUUAACAAUCCAGUUGCUUCGAGCCAAAAGGACGCUCAGGUAAUGGGGGUAGAGGAAGGUGCAACUGAGCCGCAUUCAGACCAAAAGAAUCCUCAGGAGAAACAGCAUGUCAUGUCGGCUGAUGAACAAGCAAAAGCUGCAGUGUUACAAAUGCAACAGAAUGCGUCAGAGGCUUUGAAAGGCAUUUUUGCCAAGGAUGAAACUGAGGAGAAUGGUGAUGACGAGACUUUUUCUAAGGAGUUGGAGUUAAUAUCUCGACUCUUCUCAGAGAACGUUGAGCUCAAAAGCUACUACGAGAAAAACUGUGAAGGCGGAGUCUUUGUCUGUCUCGUGUGCUGUGCUGCGACUGAUAAAAAGAUGAUAAAGAGGUUCAAACACUGUCAUGGACUUGUUCUGCAUUCCACUAAAAGGCCUAAAAUGAAUGAACGAGCUCACAAGGCUUUUGCUCGGUUUAUCUGUGGACUACUUGGCUGGGAGCUUGAUCGUCUUCCAAGUAGAGUAGUGAAUGGUGGUGCUCCACUUGUCGAAUCUAAUGCUAACCAGAAAAUUGAGAAGCCAUCAUCGAUGAUCGAGGAUGCUAAGCAUAAUCAGUAG